GCUGGGCAGAAGGGGCGGGGAGGCGGAGGCUGGCGCUGGGAGCAGCGCGUACCUGGAGCACGGGGGAGCCUGUGGAGAGGAGGGGACAGCGGGCUGAGGGCUGUGCCCCACCGCUUGUGCUCGCCUCCGCCCGUCUUCGAGUGUGCUAGAGAAAUUCGGGGACAUGUUGUGUUCCCUUAUUUCCCUCCUCUCUUCUUUCCCUUUCUGAAGAGAGGAAUCAAUGAGAAGAGAAAUGGAAACGGCACCCCGCUCCCUCCGGUGCGGAGCGGCUAGCGUGGGAAAGCAGACCCUGGCAGCUGAAUGAGAAUGUGAUGCUUGAAGAGCCUUCUGCUCUAUUUGUACACGAGGGAUGGAAAUCGCCAAAAUACUCGGGUUCCUGGUAGAGCUCUCAAGUCUGCUAUCUUGUCUCAGAUGUGUGCAGGCUUUCCUGGGAUCCAAGCCCAACCAAAACCAUUUGCACAGUGCAGCGCCCAGCGUCUGUGCUGUGGGACCUCUCGGGUACUACAAUGGCUCACUGGCAGUCACCGAGGCUGGGGCAGAGUGUCUCAACUGGGCAGAGUUCCCUGAUUAUAUUCAGCAGUACCCAGACCGUGGCCUGGGGGACCACAACUUCUGCAGGAGCCCAGACGGGGGAACAACGCCCUGGUGCUUCUACAGGCUUGUGUCAGGAGCCAUUGGCUGGGCCAACUGUGACUGUAACCAAGGUGCUGUGCGGUUGGCUGAAGACAGUAGUGUGGAGCUGUACUUCAAUGGACUCUGGGGUACCAUAUGUGCUGACCACUGGACUGACUGGGAUGCCAGUGUUGUCUGCAGGCAACUAGGUCUCAGUGAGAUCGGCACAGCUGGGAAGAAGAGUCAUUCCAGACCAUGGCCUGUUCCCCUGCACCUGCAGUCAGCAAACUGCCAUGGAGAUGAGGAAGCCCUGCUGCAGUGUGGCUAUCAGGGAGCUCUGUCAGGAGCUUGUAACCAGGGGAGUGCCGUGGUAACUUGUGUUCCUCCACAAGGUGUAGGUGCCCCACUUCGUAUAGUUGGGGGGAAGGAGAGCUUUGAAGGGCGAGUGGAGGUUUACCAUGAUGGCAAGUGGGGAACAAUCUGUGAUGAUCAGUGGGACGACCGGGAUGCUGAAGUAGUCUGUAGACAGCUGGGACUCAGUGGGACCCCAAAAGCCUUGUCAUGGGCUCACUAUGGGCAGGGAUCUGGCCCAAUCUUGCUGGAUGAAGUGCAGUGCUCAGGGAAUGAACUCUCCCUCGAUCAGUGCAAGAAAAGUGACUGGGGACAGCAAAACUGUGACCACAUUGAAGACGCUGGGGUGUCCUGUGACCCUUUCACAGAGGGCAUGGUCCGGCUGGCUGGUGGCCGCAGCCCCAGCGAAGGCAGGGUGGAAGUUUACUACAAUGGAGACUGGGGCACGGUGUGCGACGAUGGCUGGACAGACCUCGGUGCCCAAGUGGUCUGCAGGCAGUUGGGCUUCAGUGGUCCUGCUGCCCUGGCUUCUGAAGGAGACUAUCCUGCUGGCCAAGGCUUCAUCUUACUGGAUGACGUGGCAUGUGUAGGGACAGAGCUGUCUCUCCUGGACUGUCCCCACAGCAAUUGGGGGCAGCAUGACUGUUCCCAUGUUGAGGAUCUGGGAGUCCGCUGUUCCCCAGAAAGCAACACGGUCAUGGAUGGCAGCCUGGGGCCUCCUGUGCGGCUGGUGGAUGGAGAAAACGCCAAGGAGGGCCGGGUUGAGGUACUGCUGAAUGGGCAGUGGGGCAGUGUCUGUGAUGAUGACUGGACAGACAGAGAUGCCACUGUGGUUUGCAGGCAGCUGGGAUUCAGUGGCACAGCAAAAGCCAGGUCAAUGGCUUAUUUUGGCGAAGGCCAUGGGCCCAUCCAUCUGGAAAACAUAGAAUGCAGUGGCAUGGAGCACGCCCUGGGGCAAUGUGCCACGCCUGACACCAGGAUUCACAGCUGCUGGCACAGUGAGGAUGCUGGGGUGAUCUGUGACUAUGUGGAAGAAAAGGUCCAAGAUAUCAGGAGAACAGGUCCAGAGUCUGGUGUGUGUGGGAUGCGCUUGCUCCACCGUCGCAAGAAAAGGAUCAUAGGUGGAAACAAGUCUCUGAGAGGCAGUUGGCCAUGGCAGGCCUCACUGCGGCUGAAGGGUUUUCGUCGAGACACUCGUCUGUUGUGCGGAGCAACACUGAUCAGCAGCUGCUGGGUGGUGACUGCAGCCCACUGCUUCAAAAGGUUUGGUGUUGAUGUGCGGCGCUACCUCCUGCGAGUGGGCGAUUACCACACAGGUGUGAAGGACGAGUUUGAGAGGGAGCUGCCUGUGGAGAGGAUUGUCCUCCACAGGAACUACUGGGCUGGCAGCAAUGAUAAUGACAUAGCCCUGGUCCGGAUGUGGGGCAGAGAAGGGCACUGUCUCUCCUUCAAUCACCACGUUCUGCCCAUCUGCCUGCCUCACAGGAGAGAGAGGUCUGACAUCAACAGGCAAGCCUGCAUCAUCUCUGGCUGGGGAGACACAGGGAAAUCCUAUUCCAGAACCCUGCUGCAGGGGGUGGUGCCCCUUCUCCCACGGGAAGACUGUGAGGCUCGUUAUGGGCAGAAGUUCACCAACCGCAUGAUUUGUGCUGGGAACCUCUCUGAAGAUAAACGGGUGGACAGCUGUCAGGGUGACAGUGGAGGGCCACUCAUGUGUCAGAGAUCAAAUGGACGCUGGAUCAUUUUGGGCAUCACUUCCUGGGGGUAUGGCUGUGGUCGGAAGGAUUCACCCGGUGUGUACACAAAGGUCAGCAAAUUCGUACCCUGGAUCAAGAAAGUGACCAAGCUAAAAUGAAAAUGACUGAGCACUUGGAAUUUCAGCAUAUGGUCCUUUGGCCCUGCACUAGGAGAAGGCUGUGGCUUUUGGCCUGUGACUGAUGGAGAUUUAUUUUGUCAUUGAACACUGGCAAAAGAUUUUAAUGUGGAACUGGAAGGAAAACAGUUAGGACCGAUUCUUUAAAGUCUUUGGUUUCACUUUAGUCUGUAAUCUGUAAGCAGAGAAAGCAGGUGCACAGUGGUAACAAUGCUAAGUACACGUUCCUCUAAAUACCAGAAUUCUUUAAUGCAAUCACACUUAUUCCUUUGCCCUGGCACACAUCAUGGUCGUAUGUUUGGAAAGUUGAAACAUAUUGCAAGGAGAGGUGAGAUGCUUGGAAGAUGGCACCAGGUGUAGGCAUAGUGGAAAUCCUCAGAUUUUUUUUUUUUUCAUAACAGCUCUUUGCAGUUCCAGGAAUCAGAAGAUUUGACCUGAGUUGAGGAAUAGGCUCAGUUGGGUUUUUUAGCUUCCCUGAUAUGUCUCUAGGGGGAACCUUUUCUCUUCUGAAUAGUAGGUCUGCUCCCAUAGGAUCCCUUUCAAGUGUCUGCCUAGACUAAGAGAUGCUUGUCCCUUCUGCUGUAAUCCUUUGUCACACAUUUCCAUCUGCCAGAUGCUGUGAUUUUAUUGCUGCUUUUUUGCUAUAGUAGUUUGUGUGUGUGGUUGGACUUUUUUUUGCUUCCCCUAAGUAGCAUCUUCUAGAAUCUGUUGUUGGUGUGAGAGGCAGUAGCUUUCUUGCCCUCGUGAUCACUAUGAAGAACUUAAAAAUCUGA